AUGUCAUCCUUUCUUGAAGUUGCCACGACAUUACCUUUCAAUUAUGAAAAUGCCAAGGAAUAUACUAGAAGUGUGGAAAAACCAGCAUUCAUCAUUUCUAUGGCUUACGUAGUAACAAUUUUUGGUAUUCAAGCGGUAAUGAAGAACUUCAAGCCUUUUCAGCUCACUUCUAUACUGAAUUUCUGGAAUGCAUGGUUGGCGAUAUUCAGCACCAUCGGCUCCUGCAUGACCGGAUAUGGACUUUUUUACGAAAUUUAUCAUAGAGGAUUUGUUUCAUCGUACACCCGUGCUGGUGACUAUUUCACCGGUUACAGUGGAUACUGGACUUUCUUGUUUACAAUGAGUAAAGUACUGGAGUUCGGCGACACUAUACUCAUCGUCUUGCGCAAGAAGCCUCUCAUAUUCCUACACUGGUAUCACCAUGUGUUGACAAUGAACUACGCCAUCAUAUCCUACUCCUAUGACGUCGCGUUCAAUAGUUGGAUAGGGUGGAUGAAUUUCACUGUUCAUUCUAUAAUGUACGGCUACUACAUGUUACGUUCGUUGGGGGUGAAAGUGCCGGCUUGGAUUGCCAGAAAUAUCACUACGAUGCAGAUUCUACAAUUCGUUAUUACACUACUUAUUCUGUUCCACAUUGGAUAUCUUUCGAGUAGUGAUGUUCAAGUCGACAGCCAUCCUAAGAUCUACUGGUUUUGCGUCUUCAUGGAGAUCUCGUAUGUGGUGUUGUUCGCCAACUUCUAUUUCCAAUCGUACAUCAAAGGAGGUGGCAAGAAAUUUAUCAACGAAAAGUCUAAGAAUCAAUAG